AUCAGAGAGAAAUGGCACAGAGCUCGGCUUUGCCUUGAACAGAAAUGGCAGGUUUGGAAAGCGAGGACAACCAAAAAAGUUCGGCUGGAGAGACCGAUGUUGACCCGCAGACCCCAGUACUGCGCAUCAGCCAGCUGGAUGCCCUCGAGCUAGACUCAUCCCUCGAGCAGCUGGUAUGGACCCAGUUCUCCCAGUGCUUCCACAACUGCCGCCCAGGCCUGCUCACGCCGCUGGAGCCUGAACUGAGGGCUCUGCUCCAUUUGCUUCUGUGGAGGUUCACACUUUAUUCCAGCAGUGCCACUGUGGGCCAGUCUUUACUGAGUCUACGCUACCACAACAUCCUCCCCUCGUCUCCCCGUUACAGACCUCUGUCUCGCAGGCAGAAGCUGGGUCUGGCCCUGCUCACUGCAGGUCCCCGCUGGCUCCAGGAGCGCUCCCGCAGCCUGCUGCUGUGCUUGAGUUCAGGAGGGCCCGUGUCUGAAGGAGACGGUGGUUUACUCCAACAGGGUCUCCGCAAUUGCCUGACCUUUUUUUCCAGUAUCACACAGCUCACAAGUCUCAUCAACUUCCUUGUGUUCCUCAGAAAAGGUCGCCAUCCUGUGCUGGCUGAAAGGAUCGUGGGAGCUCGGGCGGUUUUCAGCAAGCCCAAUGUGGUGCGGGACGUAACCUACCAGUACAUGAACCGCGAGCUGCUGUGGCACGGCUUUGCUGAGUUCCUCAUCUUCCUGUUACCACUGAUCAAUACAAGGAAGCUGAAGGCAACCGUGUUGUCAUUUAUUUUGGCGGGAGACAGCGCUGAUAGGGAGGGGGCGACAGAAGAGCAAGGCGCGUGGAAAGAGUGCGGACUGUGCGGAGAGUGGCCCACCAUGCCUCAUACAGUGGGCUGCCAACAUGUUUUCUGCUACUACUGCAUCAAAAGCCACAGCAUUGCAGACGCUUACCUCACCUGCCCCAAAUGUGGUGCAGAGGCAGGGCAGCCUGAGCCGGUCAAGAUGGAGGUGGAGAUGACUGGCAGAUGAUGGUGUGAAGAAGCUGUCAUGACUGAGUUUAUUUUGUAAUUUCAGGGACUUGUUGAAAUUGAAAUGGUGGUUCAAAUCUUUAUAGUCACUCAUAUAGAAUACACAUACUAACAUACGCAUGACUAACCACCUUUGUAUUAUGAUGUAAACGUAUUGAACAAUUCAACUUUAUCAUGUAAGAAUUUUUGUAAAGACAGAAGUAUAUUAAAACAUGAAAAAAUGGGGUUUAAUAGUCAAAGAUUCACAAGGUAGUCUUUAUGAUGUCUGUCUUUCCUGAACACACAUAGACAUGCUAUGUUUAAUAUAUGUGUGCAUAUAUUGACAAUCCUCUGCCCCUUCCAUUUCUCCAACUGGACUUUGGACAGAAUUAUUUGUCUUUGGUGCACUGGACGGACUACAGAGAACCACACAGCAUAUAUUUGAUGAGUGAACGUGUUGAUUUAUGCUCCAAAUUGUGUGUGUGUGUGUGCGUGCGUGUGUGUGUGUGUGUGUGUGUGUGUGUGUGUGUGUGU